AUGCAAAUUGCUACUCAUAUGAACUCCUUAGUUAUGUUGGCUAAGACACUGGAGAAACAGCACAACAGUAGAACAGCUGAGGCCAAAGCGGCAGAUGAGCUUGUUAAGAGGCUGAGCAGCCAACUCACUAUGGCGAGUCGUGUAACUAAUGAGGUCAAGGAUGCAAAGGCUAACGCUAAGGAGCAAGCAACUCGCUUGACAGAGUGUCUGAGAAAGGCCACCCAGAACUGUGAAGGAGUUUUAGGUGUCCGACAAGCUCAAGGAGGCUAUCUUAGAGGGCUAUCUAAUGAGUAUGAUGCUUUGCUAAUUCAAGGAAAAGAGACGUACCCCAAGGAGAAACAUCCUAAAAUGGAUUUCGAUUCUUUCGAGCCAUCAGGCCACCAUCCUCAUCUGAUAAAAAGGAAAAGAAGGCUAAUGCUUGCUUCUCAGAGUGGG